AUGUGUUAUUGCCUUGUUUUAGUGGAGUCCACAACAAUCAAGGAUAAUACACAUUUUUUUGCACCUGGAGACAAUGUGGAAGUUACCGAAGGCGAGCUCGUGAAUCUUCGUGGUAAAGUCGUUAGUGUAGAUGGGCCGAAAGUCGUGAUGAUGCCAGAUCACGAAGAAUUGAAGGAACCGCUUACGCUCAAUAUAUCUGAGUUGCGUAAGUAUUUCCGGCCAGGAGAUCAUGUUAAGAUGAUAUCCGGGCGUUACGAAGGUGAUACUGGCCUAAUUGUACGAGUAGAGCACAAUCUCGUUGUUGUUCUUAGUGACCUCAGUAUGGACGAAAUGAAAGCGCGACCACGCGAUGUCCAACUCUGUGCUGAUAUCACUACUGGUGUGGACUCUUUGGGACAGUUCCAAUUCCACGAUUUGGUACAGCUAGAUCAGCAGAAUGUUGGAGUAAUUGUUCGCCUGGAAAAGGAGACAAUGGAGGUCCUCAAUCAGCAUGGAAAGGUACUUCGGGUUAAGCCACAGGCUAUACAAGGCAAGAAAGACACUCGUCACUCACAAGCGCUUGACAGUCAGCAGAACCCCAUCCAGUGCAGAGAUAUGGUGAAAAUCAUUGAUGGGCCAUUUGCAGCCAAGAAAAAUGAGGAAGAAAAGCAGGGAGAAAUAAAGCAUGUUUACCGCUCAUGGGUGUUUGUGUAUUCACGAAAACAUGUGGAAAAUGGUGGAAUGUUGGUUUGCAAGGCUCGACAUCUCUUACUGAUUGGAGCUCGUGCUGGCACCACUCGCAGUAUGAAAACUCCUCUCAUGGUUUUAUCGCCU